GCAACAGUUAAAGAGUGACGCGCAACAAGGCACACAAGCGUACAGAAAUAGUCAAAAUAGAAGUCAGAGAUGACUCACACUGUUGAAACUGAAACUGCUUUUGCAGAAGAGAAGACUAAUGGCGUUCGUGUGUCUGGAUUUUCUGUUACAAUUCAAUAAGAACCUUACCCCCUCCACAUUUCCCCCGCCUCCUCUUUUCUUUUCCUUCCAAACUCUUCCCGUCUUCUAAAUCAUAUGCCAUCACAAACUUCUCAUCGAUGGAGACUUUGACAGACAUGGGUUCUCAGGAUAUUUGUCGCUCUGAACCUUCUGAUAACAAAGAGGCUCAUCAUCAUCUAAUGAGUUCUUCAUUGCUAGUGCCCAAAUGCUGUGACGGUAGCUUGGCUGCUAACCAGAACAGUAGCUUUGAUGAUAAAGAUAAGGAAGAUAAGAAUGAUGAGUGUUCAAGAAUAAGUGGGCAGUCAUCGAAGCUUUGGGCUAGAGGCCAUUGGAAAGUAGCAGAGGACGCUAAACUCAAGGAACUUGUUGCACUUCAUGGGCCUCAAAACUGGAACCGUAUAGCAGAAAAGUUGCAAGGAAGAUCAGGUAAGAGUUGCAGAUUGAGAUGGUUCAAUCAAUUAGAUCCAAGGAUCAACAAAAGUGCUUUCAGCAAAGAGGAAGAAGAAAGGCUAAUGGCAGCUCAUAGAAUUUGUGGUAAUAAAUGGUCCUUAAUUGCUAGACUUAUCCCUGGGAGGACUGAUAAUGCAGUUAAAAAUCACUGGCACGUUAUAAUGGCUAGAAAAUACAGAGAGCAAUCCUUGGCUUAUAGGAGACGAAAACAGACUAAUGAUGCUAAAAGAAGAGUGCAAGAUGGCAGUGGUUCUGCGAGCAGAGAUACA